AUGAGCGACGAGUACCGAGCGUUGAAGGACGUUUUUGCAGGCACGAUGGGCGGCAUAGCCCAGGUCCUGGUUGGCCAGCCGUUCGAUACCACCAAGGUGCGUAUCCAGUCCGCAGAGGGUCACGUCUCGCCCGUCUACGUAGUGCGCCAACUGCUGACCAACGAGGGUCCUAUGGCCUUCUACAAAGGGACGCUGACCCCUCUGAUCGGAGUCGGGGCCUGUGUGUCUGUGCAGUUUGGCGUCAACGAGUUCAUGAAACGCACGUUUUCGAGUCUCAACGGCCCUGGAAGUUCACUCAGUAUGCCUCAGUUUUACGUGUGCGGAGCAGCAGCAGGAUUUGCAAACGGUUUUAUAGCCGCACCAAUUGAGCACAUCAGAAUCAGAUUGCAAACGCAGACCACCGGCACCAAGACGUUCAACGGGCCUCUGGACGUGAUCAAGAAGCUGUACCAUACGGGAGGCAUCAAGUUAAUCUACCGGGGUCUGGGACCUACGCUGGCAAGAGAAAGUUUGGGUAGCGGAGCGUAUUUUCUGACUUUUGAAGCUCUCGUGAAAAACGAGAUCGAGUCGCGGAAUAUUGCCAGGAAGGACAUCGAGAACUGGAAGCUCUGCGUCUUUGGGGCGCUGGCAGGUUACGGGAUGUGGUUCAGUAUUUAUCCGAUCGAUGUGAUCAAGUCCAACAUGCAGACGGACAACUACAAGAAGCUGGUUUAUAGAAAUGCUGUUGAGACUAUUAGGGGUAUUUGGAGACAGAGCGGUGCCUGGGGGCUAGUCAAAGGAUUCUCGCCGACUAUUCUGAGAGCUGCCCCAGCCAACGCGGCCACUUUUCUGGCCUUUGAAAUUACCAUGCGGUAUCUGAACUAGAAUUCGAGAAUAAUUAAAGUACUGAAAAAUUUAAUUUCUAGUACAAGCCAGAGGAGAGAAACCGGUCAACGUAGCCGCCGCUUUUCUGCGUCGCAUCAUCGUCCUCCUCGUCCUCCAGCCGUCUCAGCAAGUAGUCGACUUCGACCUUCUUCGUGAGCGGAAUCACGAAAUCCUUGUAGAUUUUCACAAUCACCUCGGGCUUCACCUUGCUCUGAAUGUGCUGCGUAAACUUUAGUGUCGGGUCUGUUCCAUACGCCCUACCCUUCUCCAGAAGUCUGUCCAAGAUCCGUUUUUCGACCUCGGCGUUUGUGAUGAGCGCCUCAAUGCCUUCCACAUCUCUCUUUUUGAUCAGAUCCACAAUCUUGUCCCCCUCACUGAUAAAUUUAGCCUCUGCGACAAAACGGCCAAAAUGGAUUCUUCUGGAUAGCGACUGCAGGCACUCGAUGUCGGCCAUUGCGCACGAGCCAAGGUUGUCCUCCUGCUCUCCGCUGCCUGCAGCUAUUCCUGGUACUAUCUCUGACGUGUAGAUCUUGAGUAUCUCUUUGUUGACGUUGAUUUCAUCCGCGUAGGAGGCUAGCACCGAUGGGUAGUUGAUCUUGGGCAGAAACGUUUUUUCCAGCACGUUGGGGAAAAAAGGCACCUCGUCUGGCGCGUCGUAUCUCCUCACCUGCGAAUGGAUUCGCUCGUGCUGCGACAACAGCCAGUCCAAGAACGAGCCGUCGAAGUUGGGAAUAGGGAACUGGUUGACUUUGUACACCGAGGGCGACGCAUAGAACUGCGACCGCUCGAUAAAGUUGAAGAUGAUCGUAUCCUCCAUCCGGACCAAGGCAUCUCUAAUGUUGCCAAGGUCCAGCACUGUUUCUGGUUUCAUAAAGUCCAUACCUACAAAAACUAAACAGGAAAAAAAAAACGACUCCUCAAGUCCGCUUAUCCUCGCCUAAAAGCCACGAAAGAUGUCUGAACCACAAAAACCGCUGGAUUCGCUCCUCCUUGCUGCCUCCAAACCCGUAGUUUUCACGUGCGUCUAUAAGGUCGUUUCGCGAUUUCUCUGUCAUUCUAAUGCGUCUCGUGAGCGACUCGCGAUACGUUCCGCCAAUGUAAUCGUCAUAUAGUAUGAUGUGUGCAAACUGCAAUGCGGUGUAUAUUCCGGUGGCAACAAGCAGCGUGAGAAGUAUGGAACGCCUAUUCUGCCUAAACGUCUCCAUAUUGCUGGCAUUGGGCCCCAUGUCUCUCCAUGUGUUGUCAGUGUAAUAACCGAACCCAAAAUCUUGUUGACCGUGCCACCUGUCCUCCCAGGUGCCGUACGUGGAUGGCCGAUAUUGGCCAGCCUGCGGAGCAGUUUUCGGCCGGUAAAGGCCGCUGGAGUUGUCCUCCCAGCCAAUCCCGUAGUUAUCGUAGUUCUGUCGUGUCUGCGGGUUUUUCAGCAGAGCAUACGCGGCAAGAAUCCGCUUGAAACGGUGCUCUUUCUCCUUAUCUUCCAGAACAUCGUGCGCCGAGUCCGGAUGGUAGACCUUGGCCAACUCGUAGAAUCGCUUCUUAAGCUCCUCCUGCCUCACGUUGCUCUGUUUCAAACCAAGUACAUCGUAGGGCGUAGCAUUCUUGAAUGUCGGAUACAUCUUGAGCAGCCGCCCAACGUUCGAGUCGGUG